UAAUAUUAUUGAGGUUUGAAAGAUUGUUACUUUUACCCCUAAACCUCUUGUACAAGUCGUCCAGAUCCCUUACCGCUGUCUCAAACAAACAAAUUCGAGUUUCAACUAUAACAAACCAGGACUCUUCUUGCUUUGGUCUCUCUAUUUUCUCUCCCUGGUCUUCUGAGUUAUCCAUGGCUUCCAAUAAUCAAGAUUUACCAGAAACCACAGUCCAAAACGUGCUAGAACAAGAUACCCUUAAGUGGGUAUUUGUAGGGGGUAAAGGUGGGGUUGGAAAAACUACAUGUAGUUCAAUUCUUGGUAUCCUUCUUUCUCAGGUCAGAUCCUCAGUUCUUAUCAUAUCUACUGACCCUGCUCACAAUCUCAGUGAUGCCUUCCAGCAACGCUUUACCAAGUCCCCCACCCUUGUUAAUGGCUUCUCCAAUUUGUAUGCCAUGGAAAUCGAUCCAACUGUGGAGAAAGAAGACUCAGUCAGUUCAGAUGGGAUGGACGACUUUUUGUCUGAUUUGACAAAUGCAAUUCCUGGAAUUGAUGAAGCUAUGAGUUUUGCAGAGAUGCUAAAAUUGGUGCAAACAAUGGACUAUUCUGUAAUAGUGUUUGAUACGGCCCCAACAGGACAUACUCUUCGGCUGUUACAAUUCCCGUCGACUCUAGAGAAAGGGCUUGCCAAAGUGAUGAGUUUGAAGAGUAGAUUUGGGGGCGUGCUGAGUCAGAUGACUCGACUAUUGGGUGUUGAUGAAGAAUUUGGGGAGGCUGCUAUCCUUGGCAAGCUUGAAGGCAUGAAAGAUAUUAUUGAAGAAGUGAACAGACAGUUUAAGGAUCCAGACUUGACAACAUUUGUUUGUGUUUGCAUUCCGGAAUUCCUCUCUCUAUAUGAGACUGAAAGACUAGUUCAGGAACUUGCUAAAUUUGAGAUCGAUACACACAACGUUAUAAUUAACCAAGUGAUUUUUGACGAAGAAGUUGUUGAAUCCAAGUUGCUGAAGGCUAGAAUGCGGAUGCAACAGAAAUACUUGGAUCAGUUCUACAUGUUAUAUAACGACUUUAAUAUUACGAAGUUGCCUUUGCUUCCACAAGAGGUUUGUGGUGUUGAUGCCCUGAAAGAAUUUUCGCAUCAUUUUGUAACGCCAUACCAGUCUUCUCUUGCUCGAGGCUCGGUGGAGGAGCUGGAGAAUAGAGUUGCUGCGUUGAAAGAACAGUUGAAAGAUGCUGAAGCAGAAUUAGAGAAAGUUCAAAAAGGCAAACAGUAGAUAUAACCAAAUCCCAGACAACUUGGGCGAUGGAGCGUGCUGUUUCGCCACCUUCGCUUUUAUAUAUUUUUUUUAGGAAGUGGAUCGUUGGAACAUAUAAUUCUGUAUUCCUCAAGAGGAUUUUCAUGUACGAUUGUUUCAUUUAUUGUUGAGGAAGUUCUUUUGUACCUUUGACGAAGCAAAUAAGUCAGGUUAUUUAGUCUUACAAUGUACUAGUAGAGGAAGGAGGACCAGUGGUAUCUUUAGAGUAAACUGAUUUAUCAAGCCAGUGUUUAUUUAGUGAAA